UAAUUCCUGGAGGGUGAAUCAGACCAAUGAAGUGUGUACUCAUCAUAAACUCCCUACCAGAUAUUCUUUUUGUCCAUGCUGAUAAAGCUUUUAUCAAGCAUGUCAACAAACUUUCUCGUAAUUCUGGCUUCAUCAGUGAUUAUCACAAUGAAGAUGAGAUGGACAUGACUGCCUUAUCACAAAUCUUUUCUCCAAUGAUCACUUCACUAACUUACAUGAAUGAUCUGGGAAAUCCAUAUUCUUCUAUUCUGUGUGAAGAUGGCACUUUGUUCGUUUUCAAUCAGGUAUGUAUUUACUUCAAGCAAGGAAUCUUGCUAUAUUUCCUAUAUUUGGUUGGUAUAUCAUGAGUUAAAGUGCUGAUCAAGUGUAACUUAUGUCUUUCUUCUUUUUUUUUUUUUUCCCAUGAACAACUCAAAGGUGGGCAAUUCUUAGAUGCUCAUGUUUACGCUAGGUUAUGCAAAGUUGUCAUUUUGCUUUGGAACAGUUCAUAUUUUGAUGAGUGUUCUGAUUAAGUGUUACUUUCCUAUGGCAAAUUUUUUAACUAUAUUACCUGUUAGUCUGCAAUGCUGUUGUAUCAAUAACAAACCUCUAAAACUAACAAUCUUGAACUGAGGACUAAUGAAAGUUAUUGAUAAAUAUAAAUUAAAAUUGUGAUACAGUUUGCAACUUUUAUCGAUCCUUAAAUGUGAUUUAUUGGGGCAGAUAGUAACUAUUCUGUCAGGGACUUCAGACAAUCAAUUAACAAAAUGAAGGCAGACAAGUUGAGUUUUUAUUGGGUUCUCAAGUUUAACCUAGAACUUUGUUGCCUGUAACCUUUGUUCCUGGUAUUGAAUUCAACUUUAGGACUAAAAUUAUGAAAGGUGUCAACUGUUUUGCCCUCUAUCUGUUGAUGUUGUUUGAAUAUACAUGUGCAGCAGCUAUAUUUGUUUAAGAUUUUUGUUUCAAGAUAUUUCACUGUCAAUUUCUAGUCAUGCCCUCCCAGCAUAAGAGGAUGAUUCAAGAACAACAUGUAAUUGUGAAGAUUUAACCUUGCAUGCUUUAUUUACAGUACAUGAUUUCAUAUCUUUGAAAUUAAACCUCUUUAGUUUGAUGACCUGGUUUUCACAGCUGUCAAUGGUGAUGGUGAAGAGUCUGAAGAAUUCUUGAAAAGGAAAUUAUCAGUGGUGUACAGGUUGGCUACUUUACACUAUGGAGCUUCUCUUGAAUUAUUAAAACCAGAAAUUUUAUCAGCACAGAAAAAGGCUUGGAAAACCUUGGGAAGUUUGAUUGACACAUUUGGGUUUUUGUCCACACAACAACAAAGCUUCUUGGUUGAGGCUGUGGAACGCUUACAUGUCAACCAGAACCUGGGUGGAAUGGCUAUAAGUUUAUUAGAAGAAGCACUAAAUUUGGCAAGGACUAGAGGUGGCGAGAAUGUAGUGCAUUCAUUGAUUAUGGUGAAUACAAAGCUACUUGCACUCUAUUCCAGGUAAGACACGAUAUGUUCACAGGAUGUGAUGAUGCACACUUUUAAGACCUUUUGUACCUGUUAAGGAAGAAUUACAAAGAGGCCAUUGCAAUUUGAUCUCUCCCUACCUAGAAAAAUUAAAUUUGUAAGUCAUGUGACACUUCUCAUUGGUUUUACUUGAGAGCCUUGCAGUAUCUGUUGUAAACAUGGAAAACUGCUUAGUUACAUUUAAGUUGUGUUCCAUCUUAUGGAAAGCCUCUAGUAUUUUCAACUUACCAAGCACAUAUUUAGCAAACUCUAAAAAACUACAGUUUUGAUUGUUUUUUUUUUGUGAUUUCAGUCCAAAUGCCUCAGAACUCAAGUCUGCAGAUCUUCUCUUGAUAACUGUUCUACUAUAUAACAUCUUUCCACACUCUAAACAAGCUGUACCCAUAACGCUAAAUAGAACCCCACCUCCAUUAGCACACCAGGUACUUUGCAAAGGUGGACCUUCAAUAUCACACCACAUUCUAAGCAGCCCUUCUACAAAUGAGGGCUGUGCUGAACAAGAACGGCAUCCAAAAGUUGGACGUGUGCACUCUGAUCCUGUUGAUAUAAGAGCACCGCAAAGGAAGGCUGAACCUGAGGACACUGCUUAUGCAGGAUCUUCUGUUGAAGAUGAAUUGUUUUAUUCCCCUCGAUCAUCACCGAUACCUAGUGAAGGCAGGGAGGCUACUGCUCAGGAGCUUACACCAAAGAAUCCACUAACAUUGAAAGAGCAUUUCUUCACACCGAGGGCAGACACUCCUGAUUACCUCAAGAGAAAGGUAUCAUAAUUAUCUAGCUUCAUUGCUAUUUAAAAUUUUCUUGAAAUUCUUAUGUGUUAGUUAUUAUUUCUGCAGUUUUAAGUAUUAAGUAUUGAGAGAAGAAUGUUGCACAUAUUUACCAAUUCUCAAAUGGAAUGAGGAAUUAUUCUAAUUAUACAAAGUGUGAUGCAACAAAAUCUGCCCUUCAGGCCACCCCUAAGCUAUUGAACUGACCUCUUUUUUUCUCAAAAGGUUUUUAAACCUACAUUCUCUAUCUGUAUUACAUACGUUAUGUUUCUACAUUUCUUGGCCAGUCAGUUUUGUAUUUUUAUUUUCAUUUUUACCUUCAAUAUCCAGGUAUAUACAUAUAGUUCUGAAUAAUGUGCAGUUGUAACUGUGCAAUAGAUUAUAAAUCAAAUGGAUUGCCCUAAACCCUCCUAUGAGGUUGCAUUUGAGGUGAAUAGUGCAUUAAAACAGAUUAUAGCCUGGCUCAUUUAAUAGCUAAAUAUGUGUUCUCUUCCUUUGCAUUUACUUGGUGUAACAUACAUGAUUAGCUUGUGAUUCUUUGGGCUUGGUAUCCUGUGCAAGACAAAGUGGGUAAGAGGAUGAUGGCAGAGAUCUUUUUUAGACUCCCAUCACUGGGCAAGAGAUCAGUGCAGGCUAUAGAGUUGGUCAUUUGAAAGAACAUGUGCUUGAUGCAAAUUAAAAGAAAAACAUGUUGUUUCUUGUAAAGAUGGAUGAUGAAGAAGGAGAAGAAACUGACGAGGAAGAACUUGAAACAGCCAGUGGUAUACAGAAUAUGGACAGAAGACAUGAUCCCCAACCAGUCUUCUUAAGCUCUGAUAGGUGUCCAUAUUUACCUCAUGUCCUUCACUUUGUUCGCCUUGCCACAGGGACAGUUUUGGUUCUUGUCAGUGAAGUAAGAAACUAAACAACUUUUAACCCUUUACACCCUAAAAUCACAAUACGCAUUCCCGAUGCUUUUUUCUAUACAUUUCCUGAUGUGCUGAUAUGAGAAUUUUUUUAAUAAUCAAGAGCUUCUUUAGCUGGUGAUUAUUUCCUUCAUUCUUGUAACGUCAGUGUUUGAUUCACGUGUAAGUUUUAACGUGCACUAGCAAAGGCAAUUUUUUUGCAGCCAACCAAUUUUUAAGUUUCCUUUUCUCUUGUUUUUUUCAAGACAAAACAUUGCAAUGUAGCCACGUUCAUUUACCAAGCGUUAGAAUCUUUGGCUAGUGUCAAGCCGUCUGCCAAGCAGGGCCAGCGGACGGUACCACAGGCUCAGGCCAUCAUGGAGAAACUAGAAACAAGUGUGAAAAGAGUUCUUGAAUCCAUGAGGACUCCUGUGGGGGUAGGUGUAUUUUGUAUUGUGCAUUUUUCCCUAAUUUAACGAACACACUCUCUGUCAGAGGUGAUGAGGGUGCACCAAAUUAUCAGCUGGGGCGUGCAAUCCCAGUACAACACCAAUUUUUCUUGUAUGUUUAGACAGAAAGGAGGCGUAGCUAGCCUCUGGCAAAAAGUUGGGGGAUGAGUCACAGUUAUGAACUUUCGCGCGCCUUACGUGAAAUGCCUUACAGGAAGUGAAGUGUGUAGCUGUGCAGUAGAUUUAUGACAUAGAUUCUUCGGAUGUGUGCGUUGUCUCAAGUGAGUGAGAAGUUUCUUCAAGAUCUUAAGAAUCGGAGUUGAAAGCAGUCUUAAGGUGAAGAAAAAAGCUGGAAGUGCAAAAUGACCCAACCUACUUACAAAGCCCUAUUUUAGCCUGUCUGGUUUUCUGUUUUGGAUUGUAACGCUGUUCGUUGUAAAGUGAUUGAUCAGGUAUUUUGCCGAUUUUUGUAAGAUCUCAGCUGCUGAAGUUCAGGCCUUGCAAGCAAACUGCAAAAUUGUAAAAUUGUAAAAACUGUUUACUUCAGGUGGCUGUUGAGAAUCAGGUUCGAACCCUGCGCCAUCGAUGGGAGUUGGUAAAAAGAGGUGAUUUACUAGGCUUCCUCGCUGCACCAACGGGUGUUGAGAUGUCUCCGCAGCUGGAAGCAUCGGUAGCGGAAAUGGCUCGCUGUCUAAAGUCCCUCUUUAGUGUUUUAUUCUGUACCAGUCAGGGAGAGCCUUCUAUUAGUCAGCAGCUCUUAGCAACCAUCUCACAAAUCAAAGAGCUGCUUCAAACAAGGCUGGCAGACUACGAAGAUUAUCUGCUCGUCAAAGGACGUAGGAAUAUGACGAUGACUGCGUAUCCUUUUGCAACCUCGAGUAAUGCUCAAUCAAGAUUCCUUUCGUUUGGUCUGCAAGCUUCUAACCUUUCAUGUGGUCAGUAAUUUUUUCAUAAGAAGGUCCUUAAGACUAUUUUUCACCUCAGAUCCCUUUGGGUAAAAAAUUUCUGCCUUAGUUUCCUUGACGAUUUCCCGCCACCUUGAAGAGUUUCCAGGUCUCGUGCAUUUCAUUCAUGUGGACCGCUGUGUUGACCAAGUAACCGCGCCUACCAUCAACACAAUAUCCACCAAGGUCCGGGACCCUCGCAACCCGAGCUAUGUUAUUAAACAGAAAAUUUGGGAUAUGUGGACGUAUAUACAAUCCUACUUACAACGCGGUAAGAAAAAGCAAGAGAAAAAUAUUAAUUGUUUAACAUUAAUAGUUGUGAACUCCCAUAAAAUUAUUUCACAAAGGAAUGACGUAUCGGCUUAAGCCGCCUCAAAAAGGUGUGCACUGCUCUCAAUGCGCAUUUCAAUUGUUUUAUUUCUUUAAAAAAGCGAGCCAAAGGUUUUGAGUGUUUUCUGUCAGUUUUCCCACUUCGUGCAUUCUAUCUUGCCCAUUGCCCUCGCAAAAAAUGUACUACGCACCAUUUCUGAACAUAUUCCUAUUGUGUACGUUAUUUUAGUACAGCCGAAUUCUCGCCACCAGCCGACAAAAAAAUUGUAAUCAUUACCUAGGCGAAUUAGAUUUCAGGUGUUAACUCUUUAACUCCCAAGUUCUGAUUGUAAAUUCUCCCUUCUAGCUUCUACAUGUUUCGGCAUUAAUUAGUGACAAGAAUUUAUUGUUAGAUCAAGAUAACAACUUCUGCCGGAUUUGCUGGAUAAUGUAUGAAUGUUCUUGGGAAAAAUUACAUGUUACUCUGUUCUGAGAGUUGAAGGGUUGAGAAUGCAUACAAUUAUGUCAGAUCAAACGAACAAACAGACAAACAAACGGUAUUUUGAUGAAACCAUCAACAUCUUCUCUGAUGUAUCGUUUUUGCGACUGACUACGAACUUUUCAACUGGAAAACGUGCCAUUAAAUCACUUCCUUGCUUUUGAUCGCAUCGAUAAAAACAGAAUUGAGUUCUGGCUGGGGCUCCUUUUGCUUGUUUUUGUUGGCGUCCUCUCGAGAGAUACUUCUUUUAGAUAAAGCAAGCUCUUUUUCAUGAAAUUAUUUGGUUCGCUCUCAUCUUUCAAGGUAUUACCUCGAUCGGUUAAGUACAUGCGAAUCGUUUUCUUAUCCUAUUCAGGCCACCAUUUUGUAGCUGUCCGCGACGGAGAUUUCCUGUUUACUUAUUGUUUGUGGUUCCAAGACAACAACGGGAACCCUGUUCCAGUGAAUUGCUCGUUACCAGUUGGAGUUGGCUCUUCUCCUACUGGAAUUUUGUCGAGCACUUACUUCAAGUGAGUUUAAAGUAGUGUACAUUUUUUGUACCAAUGUUGUUUUAGUCUUUUGCUUGUAUUGGCCGGACACCACUAAAAUAUUGUGACCAGAGGUGAUAGUCAGCAAUGCUCCGCACCUUUUUGUGUUAACAGUGUCUCAGCUUUGUAGUAGCAUUGUUGCUGUAUUGUGUCUGUGAUACACGAGGUGGUGUGCACUAUUUCUAAUUUCCAAGUCACUUCAACUGUUUUUAUCGUUAAAAUCACCGUACUGAUUCAAACCAGCUUAUAUUUGAGCAGUUUCUUCGAGGAAAAAUUUCCUUGACAGGGACAAAGAUUUCCACCAAAUGUCCAUGUUAUAUGAAACGAAUUGGAUGUUUUCUCGUUUAUUCGAAGUUGGUUACAUUUUGAGAAAGAGAGGUUAUUGCAUCUGCUAUGUUGACAUUUUCGGAUCAAUGUCAAUAUCAGAGCAACUACGCACCUACCUAUCCCCUAACCCAAAACUAACCCUAACUUGUUAUCAUUGACUGCUGUUGGAUUAGGGGAGGGGUAGGUGCUUAGAUACUCAGAUACUGAAGUUCAUCCAUAUUUUCUUCGCUUUUGUAGGGACUUGACAAAGCGAUGCUUUCCAUCAACCCCUACAAGCUCUAUCCGUUGUUUUGAACUAAUGUGUGUCCAUGUGGGGUUGGUCCCAGUGCAGUUCGCUGUCAAACAGAUUCGGAGACUGAUAUUAAAGCUGUUCCAAAAGUCUUUGGGAUCCAGUUUUGCACUUAGCUUGAUACAAUAA